GCUUGUUUUGCGCUGCGUGAGAAGUUGAGGGAAGUCUUUCGCUCGGUUGAGGAAUUCGGUUGAUCUGGACUUUGUGAUGCUACUUUGUUCGUCGUUGAAGACGCAGCAAGAAAGCUAACUGACACACUGCCAUGGACGGAAAUGAAGUGACCCAAAAAAUCCGAGCUGCCAUCAAGACCAAGCUGAUGGAGCUUGGUGCCUAUGUAGAUGACGAGCUGCCCGACUACAUCAUGGUCAUGAUCGCCAACAAGAAGACCAAGGAGCAGAUGACGCACGACCUGUCCCUCUUUCUGGGUGACAGCACACUCAACUUUACAACAUGGUUGCAGGGAGUGUUGGACCACCUGCAGGCCAUUGCCACAGAGGCCAAGCAGCGUGGCGGCAAAGAGCAGCUGCUACCGCAUGUAUCAUCAUCACCCAUUGAGCCCAUACGGCCCGUGCUGCCCCCGCACCUCGACAUUGCCAGGCAACAGGAGGUGGUCGAGGCACAGUCAGCGGCACCCGCAACAACUGCAAUCGCAGUGGCCCCUUCGUUAUUGGAGGAUCAGUCUCUGCCAGAGUACAGCGACGAAGUCCUUGCCUUGAAAGUCGACCCUGAGCCAGAUGACGAUCUGGCAGACGACUUGCGUGCCAUGGCGGAGCAGCCGCUGACAACACAGCAGCCCAGAAUGGCCAGCGGUGGUGCGAGCAGCAGUGUUUCUCUGGUGCGACCCAUUCCCAGGGCGUUUGAACCCGAACAGUCCUCCAAGGAACGGCCAACCAAGAAGUCUGUGGUAGCAGCAGCAGCCGUCGUGCGCCGGAAACCGCACUUUCUGAGCGAGGCCGAAGAUGACGACGAAGAGUACGACCCAAGCAACCCAUCAGUGGGCUCCAUUGUAAGCGUGGUCAAAGUUUCCGAAAGGAGAUCGAGCGUGCCCGAGGGCAUGCAGGCGAACAAGCUUCUGCUACUCAAGGCCAUGAAGGCUGCCCACCAGUCUGUCUCCAGCAGUGCUCGCCGAAACCCCUCAGCCCGGGUGGAACCAUACCAGCCAACACCCCUUCGUGAGCUGGGCUCGAAGCGGCGGAGACCGGCCAGUCGACUAGGCUCGGCAAGGACUGAGGACUUGGACGACGAGAACUCCAUGCCACCAGCCAAACGACCCAGUGGGCUGUCCAUCAAAGAGAGGCUAGGACGCAGGCGGGCAUCCUCAGAGGAGCCUGUGGUCCUUUCCAGCUUGGAACGAAAGCCUGCCCGUACGAGGGCUUCACGGAUUGUGGGUGCCAUUGUUCCCGAAGUUCGGCCGGACUUUUCCAGAACUGCGGAGAAAAGUUCAGUGGCUGUACCUGUCGCUGACACAGUAGUCACCAGAGACAUUAUCAGCUCGGAGCAGGACGAUGCAGACUUGUUGGAGCUGGACGUUGCCAACGAGGAUGUGCACUCGGUUGUCAAGGACACCACGCCCACAUCUACACCAAACCGGUUGAGUGGGCUCGAUGAUUCGACAAUUGGUCAACCGGGCAGCCUGGGCAGCUCGCCGUCUUCGUCGCAGUGGCCACGCUUUGUGGUCACCCUCGACGGCGUGGACCCGACCAGCUUCAACAGCAGCAACAGCCACCGCGAGGUGAUGACCGUAGGUCAUGACCUGGAGGAACUGCCGGAAGAAGACGACCAUGCGCAGCUCAUCCCUGCCACAUCCCGAAGGCCACCAGUCAAGAGCCGCCUUAUGAUGGCUCCAGUCUCCAGUGCCGAGCUGAUGGAGGAUGCCUCCAUAGUGGAGGAAGAGGAGGCCAUGGUCGUGGACGAUGGGGCCUCGCACAUCCUGGAGAAAUGUCGCUAUUGGCCUGCCUGCAAGAAUGGGGACCACUGCCCCUACCAUCACCCUAGCGUGCCCUGCAAGGCAUUCCCCAACUGCAAGUACCGAGACAAGUGCCUCUUCAUCCACCCCAACUGCAAGUACGAUGCCUUCUGCAAGCGCAAGGACUGCCUCUUCACGCACGCCAGCAGACGGAACUUUGCUUGCCCGCCACCCGUGGUGUCCUCCCCAUCGGUGCAGCAGUGCAAGUUUUACCCGCACUGCACCAACCUCAAGUGUCCCUUCUUUCACCCAAAGCCCUGCAGGUUUGGUGCAGCAUGCCAGUCAUCAUCGUGUCUGUAUAGUCACCCGGAGGGUGGUGUGCCACCCCCCAACAAAUUGAAGUGGACCUCAGCCACUGCCAAGAAAGCCGGGGAGACAGCUGCCUGAAGCAUGAGUCACGGUAACCUGCGGUAACCUGCAAUCGUGCUGCACCACGGUUCCGCCACGUAGCCUCUCACAACUGAGCGCCAUCUUCAUCUACAUCGACGUACUUGCCGCGACAUCUGCACAAAUGUUAUUUCCGUAGUGGCUCUUACUACCGUGCCUAGUAGUCUUUUUUGCCUCAUUAUUUGUAAAUAAAACGCUGAAAAAAAAAAGGAAAACAUACAUAUAAGAAAAAAAAAGAAUUUGAACACCUGAA